GCGUAGGCGGCUGCGAGGAGGGAGACACCGGAGGCAGAGCAGCAGCGGCGGCAGCGGCACGGGGGGCAACCAAAGGGUGGUCCAGAGAUCCGAAGCGGUUCGCAGCGGGGCCCUGUUGCAGCCAAGCCAAGCCAAGCCUAGCCAGCCAGCUCGGGGGGAUAGCUGCCUUCGACCCUCCUCCUCUCCCCGCAGCCUCUGUCGCUCUCGCUCGCUCUUACCCCGCGGGACCUCCGCAGCGGGACGGUUGCAUUGUGGUGGCGGGGCCAAGCCAGGGGCUCGGGUCGGGGUGCCGCUGCCUGGCCGGUGAUCAUUCCAGGUAAUAAAGAUGGGUUACAGCAGUUGGUUGAACAACUUCAUCCAGACAGUAGUAAUGAAUGGAACAACAUCAGACUGCAAAGAGAUGUGUCAGUUUCAUUCCUGCUGAGGCAGUCAGAACAGAUGAGUUUGUGGAUGCACUUAGAUGUUUGCAAUGAGCACUGUGGCUGGCAUGCCCCAGUGUUUUGGAUACCAAUGCAUAGAAAUCCGUAGUAAACGAAUUUAUCAGAAACGAACGUCAUGAGCAUAGUGGUCCCGUUGGGGGUUGACACAGCAGAACCAUCUUAUUUGGAAAUGGCUGCAGGCUCAGAACCUGAAUCUGUAGAAGCUAGCCCAGUGGUAGUUGAGAAGUCAAACAGUUAUCCACACCAACUAUAUAAUAACAGCUCUCAUCAUUCUCACAGUUACAUUGGUUUGCCUUAUGCGGACCAUAAUUAUGGCGCUCGUCCUCCUCCAACACCCCCAGCAUCGCCUCCUCCUUCAGCUCUUAUAAGCAAGAACGAAGUUGGCAUAUACACUGCUCCAAAUUUUGAUGAGACAUCCAGUGCUACUACUAUCAGCACAUCUGAGGAUGGAAGCUACGGCACUGAUAUAACUCGGUGCAUUUGUGGAUUCACUCAUGAUGAUGGCUAUAUGAUCUGUUGUGACAAAUGCAGUGUUUGGCAGCACAUUGAUUGCAUGGGGAUUGAUAGGCAGCAUAUUCCUGACACAUACCUUUGUGAGCGUUGCCAGCCUAGGAGCUUAGAUAAGGAAAGAGCUGUGUUGCUCCAGCGUAGAAAAAGGGAAAAUAUGUCAGAUGGGGAUACCAGUGCAACAGAAAGUGGUGAUGAAGUUCCUGUAGAAUUAUAUACUGCUUUUCAACAUACACCAACUACAAUUACGCUAACUGCUACACGAGUUACAAAGGUCACAGAUAAGAAAAGGAAAAAAAGUGGAGAGAAAGAGCAAACCAUCACAAAAUGUAAAAAAGCUUUCCGUGAAGGUUCUAGAAAAUCUUCAAGAGUUAAGGGCUCGGCUCCAGAGAUUGAUCCUUCUGAUAUUUCAAACUUUGGGUGGGAAACUAAAAUCAAGGCAUGGAUGGAUCGAUACGAAGAGGCAAACAACAAUCAAUACAGUGAAGGUGUUCAGAGAGAGGCCCAGCGAAUAGUUUUGAGAUUAGGAAAUGGAGAUGAAAAAAAAGAUGUGGUCACCAGCAACUCAAUCUUCAAACCUCCAGUAGAGAGCUAUAUUCAAAAAAAUAAGAAAAUUUUAAAAGCUGCCAAAGACUUGCCUCCAGAUGCACUUAUUAUUGAAUAUCGUGGAAAAUUCAUGCUGAGGGAACAAUUUGAAGCUAAUGGAUAUUUCUUUAAGAGGCCAUAUCCCUUUGUUCUGUUCUAUUCUAAAUUUCACGGGCUAGAAAUGUGUGUGGAUGCACGAACCUUUGGGAAUGAAGCUCGGUUUAUCAGACGUUCUUGUACACCUAAUGCCGAGGUUAGACAUGCCAUCGAAGAUGGAACUAUUCACCUCUAUAUCUACUCCACCCAGGACAUUCCAAAGGGAACAGAAAUAACGAUAGCCUUCGAUUUUGAUUAUGGGAAUUGCAAAUACAAAGUGGACUGUGCUUGCCUCAAAGAAAACCCAGAAUGCCCUGUGUUGAAGCAUCCCUCUGAGCCUACCGAAAAUAUAAAUACAGGAUAUGAAACCAGAAGGAAAAAGGGGAAAAAGGAGAAGGAAACUCAAAACCAGAACAUCACGUUGGAUUGUGAAGUCGCAACAGGCAAAACCAAGUUUCCAGAAAAUCGACAGAGAAAACUUUCUCCCCUUCGAUUGUCGAUAUCAAAUAAUCAGGAGCCAGAUUUUAUUGAUGAUAUAGAAGAAAAAACUCCUAUUAGCAAUGAAGUAGAAAUGGAAUCAGAGGAGCAGAUUGCAGAAAGGAAAAGGAAGAUGACCAGAGAAGAACGGAAGAUGGAAGCCAUCCUUCAAGCAUUUGCCAGGUUAGAAAAAAGAGAAAAAAGAAGAGAACAAGCUUUGGAAAGAAUCAGUACAGCUAAAACAGAAAUAAAAUCAGAAUGCAGGGAUACCCAGAUCAUCAACGAGACGGAAUUUGUUCAGGAACCCACAAAAGAGGAAACUGCCACCAAGCCAACCCCUGCCAAAGUCAACCGGACAAAACAGAGAAAAAGCUUUUCCCGGAAUAGAACGCACAUCGGGCAGCAGCGACGAAGGCACAGAACCGUUAGCAUGUGUUCGGAUAUCCAGCCCUCCUCUCCUGACGUGGAAGUGAUUUCACAGCACAACGAACCUGAAGCCACUGUGCUUUCCGCUGAGCCUGAAGCAGAGACACCCGUGGCUGAAAUAGUUCCUGAACCUGAAGCCCCAGCACUUAAUAAAUGUCCCACUAAAUACCCCAAAACAAAAAAGCACUUGGUGAAUGAGUGGUUAAGCGAGAAGAAUGAGAAGCCGGGAAAGCCGCUGGAAAAUCUCUCAGAGAAGCCUCUGCGCAUAACCACCGACCCAGAGGUCUUGGCAACCCAGCUGAAUUCUUUACCAGGCCUCACUUUCAGCCCGCAUGUAUAUACAACUCCGAAGCACUAUAUCCGUUUUACAUCGCCCUUCCUUUCUGAAAAACGGCGGAGAAAAGAACCGAUGGAAAGCAUUCUGGGUUCCUGCAAGAAGCGUUGGUUAAAGCAAGCUAUGGAAGAAGAAAACUCGGUUGUUGGGUUUUUCAUUUCCUCACCCCACGAAAGAUCCAGAAGUCCUGCCAUCAACGGUGAAAGUAGAAGCCCCUUAUUACUGACCGAAAGCUGUUGUUUGACAGAUCUGACAACACCACUUAAAAAGCGAAGACAGUACCAGCUGCUGGACUCCACCUACUCAGAAACGUCGACGCCCACUCCUUCUCCCUACGCCACGCCCACCCACGCCGAUCUCUCUGCCUCAGACCCAUUGUUGCUUGCCACACCGCCCAGAAUAAAAAUGGAAGAUGAAACCUGUAGGAAUGGUUACAAACCUAUUUAUUCAUCCGUUACGUCGGUGAUUCCAUGUGUCCAUGGAAACGCAGUGCACUUUGAGAAUAUUUCUUCACCUGAAAGCUCUCCAGAAGUUAAGAGGCGAACUUUUAAUCAAGAGGGUUACGAACGUUCCUGCUCCUCCAUGCUAGCACUCAACCCGUUCAGAAAUGCCAGCCUUACGGAAAUAUGCCUGCAAGAGAUCAAAACGAUCGGCUAUUCCAGUCCCAGGAACAGGCCCGAUGGCCCCCGGCAGUGCUCGGGAGACAAAGAGAGCCCCUCCUCCGAGCUCCAGCUGGGACUUGAAGCCAUCGAGCAAAGUGCACUGCAGAAAACGCUGGACGCUGCUCCCUGCCACAACCGGACUGAUGCAAACAGCCAACUGGAAACGGCUCACUGCGGGCGGGGGACGGUGUAUCCAACCUGGAUCAAGAGUCCUGACAGGACAGGUGUCAAUUUCUCCAUGAAUUCUAAUUUGAGAGACUUAACUCCUUCGCACCAGUUAGAAGUCGGCGGCGGGUUCCGAAUCAACGAGUCGAAGUGCCUGAUUCCAGACGAUGCUCGGGGCAUGUUUGUGGAAACACCCGUGUUUUGUACUUCUGAAGAGGGACUCGCAGCUAGUUUUGGAAGGACUGCCAACAGCGACAACAUGAUGGAUGGCAAUUGCACACCCCAGAAUCCUCCACAAAAGAAAAAGGUGUCGCUUCUGGAAUACCGCAAGAGGCAGCGAGAAGCCCGAAAAAGCGGCUCUAAAGCAGAAAACUUUUCUCUCUUGAGCAUGUCACCUCACGCUGCUGGGGGAGGAAACGGCAGCGCUGCUCCCGAUGGCUACAACAACAGUGAAAACGGGGAGCAGCCGGAGAGGGAACACGCUGCUAGCCUCCCCGUCUCUUUGCCGGCCACCGAGCACGGUGCCAUUUCAGAAGAGGCCGAAAACUCUGCUUCCUCAAAGGAGGCAUCAGGAGAAAAGAGCGAUCCGGAGGCCCAGUGGACCUCUUCAACAUCAGUGGAGCAAGUGAGAGAGCGAAGUUACCAGCGAGCGUUGCUUCUUAGUGAUCAUAGGAAAGACAAGGAUUCUGAAACCGAUCCUGAAAAUCCAGAGCCUACAAGUGAAUGUCCAUCCCCAGAUACUCCUCUGAAGACGUGCAAGAGUCCUCUAAAACCAAGCAAGACUUCUUCACCAAAUCCUGUAGUUCCUGUUCAGUCACUCGGAAAAACGCCCAUGAAGCAGGAUUCCCAGUGGGAGAGUGCAGGAGACACUCCUGGGGCUGACAACACAACUCACCCCAAACCAGACCAGCAACAGAAACCGCUUUCCAACAACAACAACGCCGAAGCACUUUCAAAACCUCCUCCCCCGUCCCAGCCCCUUCUGCGCAGCACGGCUGACCCGCUCUCCCAGAAGCCGCCUCCGGCACCGCUGAAGCUACCUUGCCCCACUUCGCCUCACGUAGAAAACCCUCCCAAACCCUCCACCCCCCUCACCCCGGCUCAGCACGGCUACCUGUCGCCAAAGCCUCCUUCCCAACCAUUAGGAUCACCAUACCGACCUCACCACCCGCCAUCUCCUCAGGUGGGAACGCCUCAGAGAGACUCUCACCGAGGCUUUUACGCCACCACCCAAACUCUCCAGCCUAGCGCCCAACAGCCGAACACCGGGACAUUAUUUUCCCCAGCCUCUUCGGUCUCUUACAGUCAGUUUCACCAACAGACUCUGAACGCUGCCGCCCCACCUCCCCCUCCCCCUCCCCCCCCUUCCUCCACUUAUUAUCAAAACCAGCAACCCCCCUCAGGAAACUUUCAAAAUUACAAUCAGAUCAAAAGCAGCAUCCCGUCCCAACAAAACGUCUUUCCCUCCGGACCAAAUCCAGCUCUCGCCGGUACUGCCUGUCAGCAGCCCGUUUCGGGCCACCUUGUCAACAGCGGGCACUUUCUGCCAUCUCCAACGGCCAGUAUUCAUCACCAGAGCUCUGUGGUGGGGGCGCCCCCACCUCCACCCCCUCCCGCUGCGCCCGGACCACACCUCGUGCAGCAGCAAAACCCGCAGCACGCCGUGGCCCACGGGGUGAGUCCCGUGCACGCUGUGGCCGCCGGUUCCCACCUCCAUUCUCAAGCUGCCAGUCACCACCUGCCUCCGCCACCACCACCUCCUCCCGCUCCCCUCCCUCAUCACCUUCCUACUCAUCCCACCACAGCCCUUCAAGGUUUGCAAGCACAACACCAGCACGUCAGCUCUGCGCCGCCUCCGCCGCCGCCCCCACCACCUUCCAAUGUAUUAAGCUCCGGUCAUCACACGGCACCGGCCCAAGGACUACAUCACCCAUCUCACCAAGGGCCCUCCCUUUUUCCUUCGAGCGCUCAUCCAACAGUGUCAACUUACCCGUCACAGCCGCCGCAUCAUCCCCCUUUGGGAACCGGACCUCAGCAUCAGCCAACUGGAACAGGGCCGCACUGUCCGCUCCCCGGCCAGGGUUCACACCUCCAGCCCCAAGGACCAACCAGUAUUGCCACCCCUACAGCGUCCGGGUUCUGUCCUCAUCCUGGCUCAGUGUCCCUUCCGCAUGGCGUACAAGGACCUCAGCAGGCAUCUCCGUUGCCCGGGCAAAUACCUAUUCACAGAGCACAGGUGCCGCCGACGUUUCAAAACAAUUAUCAUGGUUCAGGGUGGCAUUAAAAAAAAACAAAAACGGACCCCUCUCGACUCCCCCCUUCCCCUCCUCGCUUCUAAACAUUUUUAAAAUGUUCUGUAAAAAUCUGUAUAUUUCAUAUGUACCUGUUCAAGGUACUUUUUAAAGCUUGUACAUUAUACUUUGUAUAAAAGUGAACACCAGUGCGUGCGUGCUUUUCAUCGUAUUCUUUCCAGUUUUGCUUUUUAAAGGAAAAAAAAAAUCCCUAAAACUGCCGCGAAAGCCACAGUUUUUUUAAGGUGGGAUUUUUUUUUUUUUAAUUAUUAUUUUGUACAUGAACAUUCCAGCUCCGUUUGUUCCGGCAGUAGAUUUGUUGCUGCAUAACUUUUCAAUUUUCUUGUUGCAGUUAAAAAUUCAUUUAGUGAAUGUUUUCUAUAUUUACUUUUUAUACAUAUGUAAUUAAAAAAAAAAAGAAGAAGUACACGGCUAAGUGAUGGCACUAACAGAUUUUUUCCCCCCCAUCUGUCAACAGUUUUUGUGCAUAUAGUAGAAGGCGCAAUACAGAUUUUUUUUUUUUAUAGUUUGGUGUGAACAUGGCUCCUUUAUUUUCAAUACUUCUUUUCAGACGUUGUAAUUUAAUGUAUAGAUUUGUUUCUAAUGUCUCUGACAAGUGCUGUAAAUACUGUUCCUUUUGCGUGUAAAACUGCUUAAUGCUUCUCAUUUGAUAUAGUAUUGUACAUACAAGUCUUUUGCAAAAGCGUGUGAUCUUUGUGAAAGUAGUACAGUAUAUGAACUUUUAAUUUUUUUUUUAAUAUACUGUCACAUUGCAGCACUGGUUGGGCAUUUUAAUUCAUGUUAAUAAAUCACAAUUAUGUCAGUUUUAAAACCCUCUGCUUUUGCUAAUUUGCUGUUUUUAAGGAAAUGUACGUUGAAACGGUGGUGUGGGUGCCUUAGCUGCUCCUCAGCGGACUUUACUUCGGCCAAAAGAUGCUGCUAUUCACUGAGCACAACAAAUGCAUGGAGCCAGUUAGUCUGUUAAUCCAAAGGACUCUGAAGAAAUUUAACAACUGGAAGCCGUUUUUUCCUGAUAGAACAGUUAAUCAGUGGAACAACUUGCCACUAGAAGUUGUGAAUGCUCCAACACUGGAAGUUUUUAAGAAUAGUUUGGACAACCAUUUGGCUGAAAUGCUGUAGGGUUUCCUGCCUAAGCAGGGGGUUGGACUAGAAGACCUCCAAGGUCCCUUCCAACUCUUGUUAUUCUUUUUUUUUUUUUUUAAUUUACAUUUAUACCCCACCCUUCUCCGAAGACUCAGGGCGGCUUACACUAUGUUAGCAAUAGUCUUCAUCCUAUUUGUAUAUUAUAUACAAAGUCAACUUAUUGCCCCCAACAAUCUGGGUCCUCAUUUUACCUACCUUAUAAAGGAUGGAAGGCUGAGUCAACCUUGGGCUUGGUGGGACUUGAACCUGCAGUACUUGCAAGCAGCUGCUGUUAAUAACAGACUGUUUAGCAGCCUGCGCCACUCAAGGACCCUUCUUUUAUUCUAUUCUACUAUACACUUACUCUAUUCUUCUUUAUCCAACGUAACUGCUCUCUUGAGGAAGAUGCCACCCCUGCUGGUAGCAGAAACUACUACCGCUAUUAGUGGGCUAUUUAUCAAAUGGCAUUCUUCAAUAUAAACGCUACAGGUAGUCUUUGACUUACAAAAACAGUUCAUUUAGCGACCAUUCAAAGUUACGACGUCGCUGAAAAAGAUGGCUUUCCCACGGUUUUUUACAGUUACGACCUUUGGCAUCCACGUGGUCAAAAUUCAUUUGCUUGGCAACUUGUUCGUAUUUAUGACAGUUGCAGUGUCCUGGGGGGGGGGUGUCGUCAUGUGAUCCCCUUUUGUGACCUUCCGAUAAGCAAAGUCAAUGGGGAAGCCAGAUUCACUUAGCAACCGGAUGGCUAACUUACCCACUGCGGUGAUUCACUUUAACGACUGUGGCAAGAAAGGUUGUAAAACGGGGCAAAACAAAUGUCUCGCUUCCACCACAGAGACGUUGGCCGCAAUUACCUGUCCUCUGUCUAUAUAAUGAGCACGUUAGCGCUCCAGAGGUGACCUCAUCCUAUCCCCAAGCCUCUUUUGGACUACACAACCCAAAAUUCAUUCACGUUUGGGUUGCCCGAGACAGGACUAGCUAGGCAAAUCAUCAUCAUCUUAUAUAUUCUACCACCUCCAGGCUACCGAUCUUGACUGUUGUUCAUACACGGUAGUCUUCAAUUUACAACCGUUCAUUUAGUGACCAAAGUUACACCACCACUGAAGAAAGUGUCUUACGACCCUUUUUCACCCUUGCGACCGUUGCUGCAUCCCCAUGGGUCGUGAUCAAAAUUUGGCUGCUUAGCCACUGACUCAGAGUGAUGGUGGUGGCAGUGUCUGGGGGUCGCCUGAUCCCCUCUGGCAGCCUUCUUGAGAAGCCACAUCAACGGGGAAACCAGAUUCACCGAACAGCCCCGUUACUAACUUUUAACAACUGCACUGAUUCGCUUAACAACCGUGGUGAGGUCGUAAAAUGGGGCAGAACUCACUAAGCAAAUGUCUCGCUUAGCAAAAGAAAAUUUGGGCUCCAUUGUGGCCAUAAGUCAAGGACCAUCUGUACUGAUAAAACCGGUAACAGACGAGAACCAGCAAACGUAUCGGAGUAACAUAAAGUUACUACAAUUUAGGUUUCUGUGAAUCAGUGGCGGUAUUCAGCCAGUUUGGAUCGGUUCGGGCGAACCGGUAGUGGCGACCUGCGGGUAGGCCCAUCCCCGCUCCGGCACUGUGCCGUCCUAUUAGCCACAUUUUCUAAGCCGUGCGCAUGUGUGCAAGCCCCGCAUGCGAGCAAAGCACGUGCGCGGAAAGCUGCACGCAGAUUUUCGGUGCGCGGCGAACCUGUGGCAAAAUUAUGUGAAACCCACUAGAGUCCACUCCGUCCUUGUGAAUCUAUGCUAUAAUUAGCAUAUAAAGUCCUCCUCAAUUUAGCAGGUUACUCAGAUUCCUUCCUUUAAUUUUACUUGAGGUGGUGCCGCAUAGACCCCCCACGAAUUGCAGGGUUUCGCUGAGAGAGACAGGAAGGCAGCCCAAUAUACCAAGCUGCCACUGGGGAAGACUUGGGGAUCCCCCAAAAAAUUGCUGGAUGGGAUCUUUGCUGGGUCAUUACCACCACAUUCCAAUGGAGAUCCAGCAGCGACUUCCCUUUGUGUAUCCCACGGAAAUGAACACGGUCUCGAGUCAGAUGUAAAAUCACCUCCUUUUUAUAUAGUACAUAAAUAGAAUACAGUAUGCAAAUAAUCAUCGGGGACAAGCUACGCAAACCAAAGCAACUCUUCCAUCUUCCUGGUUCCGCAUCCCCCCUCCCUCACAUUACCCCCACCCACUCAACCCCCGGGGAAGAAUAUCAGUGAAGGGCAGGGAAAACAACCAUCUAGGAACGCUGUUCCCUCCCUGAAUCGAGGAUUUGCAUAUUGCCGUAGCCAAUCGGGGCAAAGCACGAUGAGAUAACCACCUCCAAUUGAUUUAGGUUCCUUGCGAGGCUGUUCACCAAUGGACGGCGCCUGCA